CGAAAAAUAAACAUGGCGUUGAAUGAAAUGAGGAAGUAUUUGUGGCACGCUUUUAAUACAUUAGACGACAAACAGCGGGGUACUGUUCCAAAAUCAAAGUUGAAGGUUCUGACAAAAAGUAUAGAAACAACACUUGGAAUCCAGGAAAACAUUGAAGACCUAGAGGAAUAUCAUAGCACACCAGACCUAAAUUUCAAGGACUAUAUUUCCUAUCUGACAUUAGUAGGUGUCUUCGCCGUCCUUGAAAUUAAAUGUACCAACAAUAUAUAUUUUAACGACUUUGAAAAUGUAUGCUGGAUGAUUUGCUCGAAACAGUUCCUCAACAGAGACCAUAAAAUAAUUCACGAAUCGGACGUACACAAUCUUUGGAAACUUUUUAAUUUUUUAUGCGAAUGUGAUACAACAGAGGAACCAGUGCUUCCAAUUUAUAUGAUUAAAGAAGAGGUGGGGUAUCUGUUGGAGAGAAUUUAUUUUUAUCUCGGAAAAGAUUGGUCGAUGAAAGAUUUUGAGUCUGAGACCAAAGAUGUUGAAUUGUGGGACUUUAAGAAGCUAUUGAAUGUGUUGGAAUUGAGAUAUGUCCAUGUUAAAGGGGUCAGCGCACAGGAACUAAGCACAGCAUUGACAGAAGUUGCUGAUCAGUUCUUCAAGGAUGUCAUCAAAAAGGGAUUUUUAACAAAAAAGGGACACUUUAUCCAGAACCAGAAGGAUCGCUGGGUAGUGCUGACACGUCAUCAUCUCAAGUAUUACACAGGGAGAGACCAAAGGGAACUCAAGGGCGAAGAGAACAUCACUACUAAAUGCAAAGUAGAGUCAAUACCUGAAAAAGGUAGCAACAAAGCAAGUAGAUUUAUGUUCUGUGGGGAGGAUAAAAGUUAUGAACUCUCAGCUCCUGAUGUCCGCAGCAAGAAUGAGUGGAUAGCAGCAAUACAAAGUGCCAUUGACAAUUGCCAAAAAACAGUUCCAAUUCAGCGAAUGGCUUCUCAGAAGCGUCGUAAGAAUCGAGAAAUAUUACGUGCCAAAUCUUCAGAAGAUGAAGAAAGACUGAAACGUGAGAAAGAAGAAAUGGAGAAAACUAAACAACAACUAGAACUCGAGAAAAAGAAACGACUGGAAGAGACAGAAAAGUUAGCUCAGAGGCUACAGAUUCAAAAACAAGAACUUUUGGUUGAGAUACUGAAACGACAACAAGAGAGUGAGGAAUUAAUGGAGGAGAUGAGGAGAAGAGAGGAGGAGCUAGACAAGGAACGUGAACAAAGAAAACAAGAAAAUGAGUUACUCGAGAGAAACCGCGAGGAAUUGGAGAUGGAGAGAAAACGACGGGAGGAGGAAAUCGCAACCUUGAAAGCACGAGAGUCUGAGUUAGAAUCUGAAAGGACCGCUAAGGCUGAAGUAGAAAACAAACUCCAGGAAGAGAUGAUGGUCUUAGAACAGGAGAGGACCAGACUGAAUGACCUACAGCAUAUCAACAAACAACUAGAGAAUCUUCUAGACCAAGAAAGACAGGAUAAGAAAGAUGAGGAGAUUGUCCGUGCUCUACAAGCAAAACUUCUUGAAGAGGAGACUAAAAAACGUGAAGAACUAGAGAUAAUGAGAGCAGAGCAGGAGAGACUACUCGAGCAAGAGAAACUGGAGCGGGUGAACGUAGAAGAGCAGAAGAAACAGCAGGAUGAACUACUUGAACAAGAAAGACAAAAACUUGAGCAAUUGGAGCUUGAGCGUCGGGAGGCAGAUUCACAAUUAAAGCACCUUGCAAACAAACUUUAUGAGGCAGAGAGGGAUAAGGCCUUGUUACGGAAAAAACAGACCAGAAGACAGCUUAUGUCAUGCUAAUCUAGGGGAAGAGACUACAAAUCAAAACUGGACUCAGCUGAGAGGGAGAAAGCUAAAUUGAUGGAACGGCAUACUAAGAAGCAAGAAGAGAAGCCAAUCGGAUUAGCUCGUCUCAUUCAGCCCCGGCCUAAUCCUCACAUAACACACAGAGGAUUGGGGGCAUUCUGCAGUGAGGAUUUUCUGAAAAAUCCUACUGAAAAUUAGGGAAUUUUCCAAGUAAAGCACCAACUUGAAAGGAAAUUUCCAUAAAAAGGACACAAAUAGAUGAUACAGUAUUUUGUUCAUCUUAUAGAGACAAAAACUCAUUUAGUAUUAGCAAUGUGGAAAUCAGGCCUGCACUGUUUGCUUAAUUUGAACAUACUGCUAUUAAAUUAGUGACAGUAUAUAAACACAAUCAAACUAUGAAAUAUGAAGAAAGAAAAUUCGUGUAAAUAAUAAAUAUGGACUGAACUGCUGAACUUCAGAAAUGAAUGAAAACAUUAGACUGUGCUGCAGUAGAAUUAAAAAUUAAAGUAGAAUCGAAUGUAUCAUGUAUUAUUGUGUUAAAUUAAAGCUGUAAUUCUCAUUCUAAAUAAUUGAUUGUGUAAAUUAAGUAUUAUGAAUUUAAAGUUUUUCAGAUGAGAUGAGAAUUACAUAAUAUGGCCCUUUAAUGAGAUAUCUUUAAAAU